AUGCCAGUCAGGAAAGACUGUAGUCGAGCACUUCAUAUCCUUUCAAAUUACAAAUAUGAUCUCCAGGGUAAUAAUGAUAAAUCUUUCCGAAAUGCCGUCGAAAAACUAAUAAACACAUUGCAAAGCCAACUGUUCUCAUCUCUUAUGGAUGUCUUGGAAGUUUAUGAACUUACUGUAACAGGAGACAAUAAGGAGUUCUCCAGUGAGCAAGUUCCUGAUUCAUUGAAUAUUCGUCUCAACGGAUCGAUUGUCUCUCCUGAUAGCCAAUCUGUUCUGAAACAGUUAAGUUCUGAUCAGGUAUCAGCAAAAGGUGAAUGGGAUUACCUAGACAUCUUCCUCAAACGUGAUCCAUCUGCUGUUGGUGGAUUCGGCUUUAGUAUUGCAGGCGGCAUCGAUAAUCCUAUUUCAGAUGUAGAUCAUGGAAUAUAUGUGACAAGAAUUGCACCAAAUGGAUGUGCAGAUAGAGAUGGAAGAUUAAGAGUUGACGAUCAAAUUCUCUCUGUGAAUGACAUCAACUUGGAACACGUCACGAAUAUGGAGGCUGUAAGAACAUUAAGACAAGCUGGCAAUCAGUUAAACCUAAUAGUGCGCCGGUUUGUCGGGAAUGCAGCAAUGACAGCAUCUAAUGGUGGACUGCAACAAUCGUCUUUACCGCUUCAAUCACCUGAAGUUCUGUCUGAUAUGGAAGACAGUGGCUCAACUCCUAUUUGGUAUGAGGCUCAACUCCGUAAACCCACUCCAAAUACCGGCCUUGGGUUUAGCAUUGCUGGUGGGCAAGAUGUGGAGAAUGGAAAUUUCCCUUCCACUGGAAUUUUUAUCACACGCAUUAGUCCAGGUGGUUUAGCUGAUUUAGAUGGUCGUAUUAUGCCUGGUGAUCAAUUAAUGCAAGUAAAUGGAAUUGAUCUCAGUCGUGCUACUCAUGAAGAAGCUGUUCGAAUACUGCGUAAUGCGGGAGAUAUUGUAAACUUAGUAUUGACGCGCCAGCAAGUUCAAGCUUUCGCUGAUGACGGCGGUUCAGUCAGUGGUGAUUCAACACGUAAAUAUCAAACAAACUUUGAUCGGAAAUUCUCUUCGCGCGGAGUAAAUCUGAGAUUACCCAGUCACCCCGGCGGAAACUCAAAAUUGGUGACGGCUAUAGAAAUGGAUCCGUUACACUGGUUUAUCGCUUUGAUACUUCUUAUCAUUGGUAUAUUAUACGUAAUCAAAAGACGGUAUUUUGGUUACUGCGAGUGUACGCUUCAAAAUCGUUUGGAUGGCAAAACUGUCAUCGUUACGGGAUGCAAUACAGGUAUUGGAUUAGAAACUGUAUAUGAGUUGGCUAUCCGUGGAGCGCGAGUCAUUAUGGCAUGCAGAGAUCUAGAGAAGUGCAAGUCCGCCAAAGAGGAGAUUCUCUCUAGGUUAUGCACUGAAAACUCAUCGAAUCCAUCUUCAGUACACAGUGUGCAGAUGAAGCCAGAUCAAUUGGUCUGUGAAGAGUUGGAUUUGGAAUCACCAAAAUCUAUUCGACAAUUCGCAGGUCGUAUUAUUAGUAGAGAGAAAUCAGUAUCGAUUUUAAUUAAUAAUGCAGGAGCAUCUUUACCCGGAAAAAGUUACGAUGGAGUUGGCAUCGAGAAACAUGUUAAGGUUAACCAUCUGGGUCAUUUUUUGCUUACAAAACUACUGAAACCAUGUUUACGCACUUCUGAUGGAGAGUUAUGUCGUAUAAUUAUUUUGUCGUCUCUCUCUCACUGGUUUGCCAGACUGGAUCCCAAAAGUGCUUAUCUGUCAGGCAUAGGAUCUGCAUAUGCUAUUAGCAAGCUGUUGAAUGUGAUGCAUGCACGUGAGAUUUGUAAGCGUUGGUCUACCGACGGCAUUGUUGCAGUCAGCGUUCAUCCGGGUUUGGUGAGAACAUCUAUUUUUCGUUCCAGUAAACUGAGACAUUUUGCAGUUUACUAUCUAGCCAGAUGGCUCUCGUUGACGUGCCGUGAAGGUGCUCAAACUACAAUAUUCUGUGCUCUUGUUGAAAAUCUCAUUCCUGGUGCAUAUUAUUCAGAAUGUCAACCGCGUAGCUGUAAUUCGCAAGCCCUAAAUGAUGAAGUUUGUGAUCAUGUGUGGAAGACGUCGGAGGCACUGAUCAAGAAGUGGGAGUCCCUCGAGGAGAAGUAGCGUAUUAGAGGAACUUGUUAUUAAAUGUUAAUGAAUAUGUAUAGAUUCUGCCUUCAUCUCUUUCCCAAACAUUUGGUUUCAUAAUAUAAUAAACUUAGUUUUCUACUUAUCA